AUGCAGACGGAGAUACUCCGAGAAGGGGACACUAUACGCAUCGGAGCCGAUCAUCUAUUCAAAUUCAGUGGUGGUCCUCAAGCGAACCAAAAACAUUUCCAGCAGCAGAAUUACGCAGAAAUGGUUGAUUCACGUGCCUCAACCGCCAGGUGUGGACCAUCGGAUUACUGUAGUCUACCGCUUGCGCAAGGCGGAGGAAACAACGACUACUACCCACCCAGCAUAUCCGGUUCAUCGGUCUCAUCCUCUCGUCAAGAAGACCUCUUAAUGCAUGCCAAUAACAAUAUCUUGCCACCGUAUUCAACAUCUGGUGGAUUCUCAUCAAAGUUGUCACAAGAGCCAUUCCAAAUACCACUUUCCAUUCAAAUAGGAGAUUAUAAUGUUUGGGAUUUCCUGGCAGAAGUCAUGUCGAAUCGAGCUGCGACGUCAUCUGAAAUGUCGUCGUUCCGACUCUCACCAGCCUAUUCACUAUAUCUGGCUCUUCGAUUCUUCCACGCUCACAACAAACCAUAUUCUGUGCAGUUCUUCUCGAGAAUUGAAUCAAAUUUCAAGCAGAUUGCUCAGGAAUGCAAUUCAAAAGACGAUUUGAUUUUCUGGUUGGCAAAUGCAUCUGAAUUCAACCAUCUCGUCGAACGGGACACCGAACUGAAAGCAUCUCGAUAUGGAAAAGUUUCAAUUGAAAUCGAAAGAAUUUUCCGUCGUUUGGUAUUAAUCCUCAAAGGAUUGAUCCGACCUGCUGCUCGAUCUCUGUUGGAUGUUCAUAUGAAUGAUCACGAUGCAACCGGAGACGUCAUUCAUCUACUCGAUACCACUAUGAGACAAGCAAGAGUUUGUGGAUUGAAUGCGGCGUUGACUAUUCAGCUAUGUGGCCAUCUUCUACACAUGGUCAACGCAUUCGUGUUCAACAGUUUGGUUUCUGUUGAACUGCCAGCUGCUUCACUGACAACUCGUCUUGGAAAAUGUCUUCAAUAUCGAAUCGAUUCGAUCCAUCGGUUUUGUGAACGUAUGGGCGUUGAAUUGGCAGCUGAAUGCCAUUUGGAUAGGACCAGACAAGCUGCAAAUUUGCUGGCUGCUCAGAAGAACGAUGUUGCAACCCUCGGCGCUACGUGUUACAAGUUGAACAGCUUGCAAGUAGUACAUAUUUUAUCUGGAUUCCAACCGGAAAACGGAGAAAUCCCGUGUGAUGACGAUAUUAUUGAUAGAAUAUGUCACUUGGCAGAGAAACAAGCGGAUGUUUUGACUCAAGAAGACGGACAGAGAAUGGCAUUGGAAGAGUUUGAAGAUUUGAAUUUACCAUUUUUAAUUCCACAAGACGGAUAUUUCAUCGAGCAAUUCAAAACUGUUCCGGAUGGAUUGUUCCAAUAUCUCCAGCAACUGCAGCAUAGAAGACUGUGUCACAGUGUAUCCAUGUCACCAACCCAACCAACACCACAUCCUUCCAUGACGACAUCAAUGCACGCGAUGCACAUUGGAUCUGGAGACUCAACUCAGAAUCAUCAGCACUACCAACAUCACCAACAACAGCAUCCUCAACAACAACAACCGAUCGUCCGAAGUGUGUCACAGACCACACUCACCAGUAUUCCGCCCACUCCAUUCGGUAACAGCUUUGGAAGUUCUGCAUCUGAUGUUGUCACGAGGGUGACAUUGAAAAAGAAUGGGGGAGGAAUCGGUCUGAGUAUUGUCGCGGCCCAGUUACAGGGUUAUGGUGAACGUCAAAUGGGAAUAUAUGUGAAGAAGGUUGUGGAAGGCACGCCGGCUGCUCUGAAUGGAAGACUCGAAACUGGAGAUCAGCUUCUGAGCGUCAACGGGCAUUCACUGAUUGGAAUUUCUCAAGAAGAUGCGGCCCGUCUUAUGACAAAGAGCGAAAACGAGGUGCACUUUGAAGUUCGUAAGCAAGCUGCCCAUCGCAAUGGCUUGAGCAAUUUCCUCCAUCCACAAACUCCAACAACUUCCAAUGGCCAUUUUGUCGCUCCAUCGCCAUCAACAAUUCCACCUCCACAGUAUCCACCAAACUAUUCGAAUUUCGGUCAAAAUGGGACUUAUGCUGCUCCACCGCCACCGCCACCAAGUUACAGUCAACGAUACAAUCAACCACAACAAAAUGGACAGGCUGGAAGAAAUAGUGCUUACGUGGCUCCGCUUUCAAAUUCUUCGUCAAAUGCAUCGAGUAAUCAUAUGCAGCAGCAUUACGCUCAUCACAACAUGCAUAUGAAUUCUGGCGCUGACCCCAAUGCUAACAAGCAUUAUCGAAGUUCGUCUGCAAGUGAUUUGCAGCAAGAUGUAAGCGCAUCCUUUUUUUUUUCUUCUAAUCCUAACGCCUCCUUCUCACAGUCAUCAAUGACCGGAAGUGCUCGCAGCUCACUCUUCGAUAAACUUCCAUCCCAUUAUCGUCACUCUACUCGUCCUACAGUAAUCCAGCCAACUCGUCCCGGUGCUCAAUCACCAUCCGCUCUUCGAAAGAACGCGGCUUCCCCAGCAAACGUUUCAACGUCGAGUAACUUGUACCGACCAACUUCAGCGUCAAAUCUUUUUGCUCCACCUAGAAAUUCUGGAGGAUUGGUUGGAUAUUCCAGUAAAGCGGCUCGUGAAUCGACUCAAGAUAUCCAUAGAGCACUCAUGGAGUUGGAAAUGAACUCUCCAUUGGCAAGAUCAACUCCGAACCAUGAGGAUUCCAUCAACAACAGCAGCAGUUAUCGUGUCCCUCCAACAGUAUCCAACUACGCUCCUCUUCACUCGAUCCGACCUGCCAGCAUGUAUGGCUACAAUAGCCCAUCGUCUUCUUCAACGACAACGGGAACUACCGUAAUCCCGAGUGUCUCGUUGGCAACUUCUCAUAGAAACAUAAGCAAUACAUCGUCGUCUAACACUUCUCCCCGUGUGAAUGUGACAUUGGGUGGAGCUGUCAGCUCAUCAAGAUCUCAUAAUAAUCUUGGACCUACUUCUAAUUCUUCACAGGAACCAGCAAUCGUUCGACCUGUAGAUUUGAAUAUGCCAAAAGCUGUACCUGCAUCUAUUAAAGGAGCAGUUCCCACAGCCAUCACUCAGGCAUUGCAAUUGAAACAAAAUGGAGGUGGACCUGUCCUUCGACAAAUUCGACCGCAAUCCGGAUUACGGGAACGCCUUCAGGAUGCUGAUAUUCGAAAGUUGGAAAAGACAAAUAUCGCACUGAUGAGCUAUGAAGCGGUGAAUGACGAACUCGAUCGACUGGAAUCGAAAGGAUCAACAAUGACAGACGAAGAACAACGGAGGUUUCGAGAACUUUUGAAUGUUGCUCAUGAACAGAGUCGAGCAAGAAAGAUGCUUUCGGAGAUCAGAUCUCCACCAUCUCACCAGGAAAGAGAUAUUCCGAUCCAUGUGGAAAAAGAGCAACAACGGUCGGAAAGUCGGCGAACUGAAACAUUGAUAGAUGACGUUCCACAUUCUAGUUCAAGUGUGGAAAAUAUGUCACCAGUUAGCCCACCAGAAAACCGUAAAGUUCAAUUUAUUGAUGAAGUAUCGCAAUACCAAACACCAACCAGCAACACAGCCAUGUUGUUCGCUGCUGAUGUUCCAGUUCUGGAUUCUCCAGGGAUCGUCGGAACUAAUGAAAUCUACCGAGAUCCGCGUCAACGCCGUCUCAAUGAGCUCCAAGAUCGAAACAGAAAUGAUAAUGGCGCGGAUGGAACGAAGCUGGACUUCCGGGAUAAGCAACGACUGUUCGCUCGCCAAAUUGGAGAAGACUCUAUGCCACGUCAGCGAAUGGAUGUGAGCAGUGCUCAAAGACUGAUUGAAACUGAUCUUGCCGCUGCAACUUCACCGUCAACAGCAAAUCAAAAGCCAUAA